AUGCGCAAACUUGCUGCCGGCAGGUCUUGGUGGCAUCCCCGGGCGCUGAGCAUACUGCUGGAGGCAGGCGCCGACACCGGGCUCUUGCACAAAGACAAAACGCCUUAUCAAAUAGAAUUUGACGAAGAAGAGAACUGCGCCCGUUUCCUCAGCUUGUGGUAUGAUGAGGGGCUUGAUGUCCUGCUCAGACUACUAGACCACGGGGCGGACCCAUCCGUUGGGAACCCACCGGCAAUAGCUUGCGCGAUACAAGCAGGGAGUGUCUCUGCGGUAAAGCUGCUUCUGAAGGCGGGUGUCGACCCGAAUGUCGUGUAUACAUCGAAGCAUGAACACCGGGGAGAGCGAACUGAAACCCCGCUCAUAGAAGCAUCGGGGAAGAGUGAAGAACUCAUGGCUGUUCUGCUUGCUCAUGGCGCGGAUUCGCAUCAGGCCCUGGAGAAAGGGACAUCUGCACUGCACGAGAUCUGUACCCGGCACGGACUCGUGACACCCAUCAUUGCCGCAGGCCACGACCUCGAAAGAAGAGCUGCCCAGGGCCUCCAUGAGGAUGACCGUGAACACACCGCACUCGCGCUCAUCCGGGCUGGGGCGAACAUCCACGUCGCCGACAAUCCCGGCUCCACGGCCCUGCACUAUGCCGUGCUGAACAAUUUGCGCGAGGUCGUCGAGGAGCUUCUUGCCAGAGGAGCCUCGACGGUCGCGCAUAACACACAUGGAGUAAGCCCGCUGCAUGUAGCACUCGCCGAGUCCAUCGAUCGCUCAGUGGACGAGGAUGCCAUGCCUUCUCUGCGGUUCAAAUGGAACCUGGAACGCCUCGGGGCGGCGGGAGCAAACGCAACGGAGCCCUUCCCGGACGGCAGAACCGCCCCGCACUUGAUAGCCCCGGUCCUGAUGCAAUGCACCGCUAAGGACAUAGAAGAACGCGCCAUUUCCACGGGUUCUGAUGAAAAGGACAAAGACCUGUACCCGGCGUGUUUGGCGCUGUAUCAGCUGUUUCUUGACAAGGGCUGCAGUCGCGAAGCCCGCGACAAUCAAGGCAACACGCCCAUCUUUGCCUACGUCAACCAGCUGCGGGUGUACCAUAUGGAUGAGUAUACCGCGUCUCCGCCGGAGGAGUCUGAAUUGCGGCGUAUGUUCGCGGAGCAUGAUAUCCAUGCGGUGAACGGCAACGGGGAUACCUUACUGCAUGUAGUUGCGCGCCGCAAAGAUGACCCGAUUGAUGUGCCGUACGACGACGAGGGGAAUCUUUUCGCGUUGCUGGUGGAGCUGGGGCUGGAUCCGACUCGAGAGAACAAGGACGGGGUGACGGCGUGGGAUGUGGCCGCUGCUUUCACACCACUCCCGCUGCGAGCCUCGUGCAGAUUCUCGAGGUCCCCCUUUCUAUAUAUCCCCACUCUCUCGCGGGUGUGUUCGCAGUGCGUUCUGAGACAUAGUCGAUACCGCGUCGCCACCCUCCAUGAUGUGUCUGUCUGUUACGGUUUGCCGGAAGACCGGUGGGAUCUCCCGGUCGUCUCUUGUGUUGAUCUUCUCGAAGGCCAAUACAGUUCCGACCGGCUGAUUGACGUGACGCAAGCUGGACGCCUGUUUCGACAGCACUGGCGGCGCCGGUUCGGCAGUAGUAGUCGCGAGAUCGGAUCCGCACUCCAGGAAUGGACAUAUUGGCUGCGGCUCGACACGUGCCAUGCGCGGCUGCGGUCGACCGUGGCGUUUCUGUGCUGGGACCCGCACGCCCGCAUCGCCGAGCCGGGGGUGUACUGCUACGGGUGCACGAGGUACUGGGAGACAUUCCGCGACAAGAUCAAGCGCCACCCGAGAAAGCGGCCGAAGUACUCCUAUGCCUGGAAUGCGGCGUCCCCAGGUAGCAAGGGGGUGGAUCGCGCGUUCCGGGUCCCGGAUCUCCCACGGCACUUUUCGACGUGUCCGCACGUCGUGCGGAGGCUUAGGAGGGGGGAGGAUCACGCCGCGUUGAGGUUUGGUGAAUCGGUGGGGGGGAUCUUUCGGGUGGACGCUGCUGGGGAGAGGGGUGCUGAACGGGCUGCGCAGGUGGGUAAGAAGUAG